UGAUUUGUAAUUAAUUCUUCGCGCGAAUCGAGCGGAAUUAACACCAGUCGCAAUUAGGAUGUUGUAGGAGUGAGCACGACGGAAUAGCAAUCAUCAUGAAGGUGUUCGCUGCAAUAAUUAGUUUCGUGCUUUUGCUUCAAUAUUCAACUUGUUUUGGAGCGGUCGCUAGCAAUUUUAAAGAUUUGGUCGAAGCUUCCGAUCAUGGACAUGAGACUGGACUCGCAAACAAAGAAAAAAGAUGUCAUGAUUUAUCUUUCUUUAGACCACUUCGCCUGCCACUUUAUGAUCAUUUCCUGGGCAAUCCACAUCUAUUACCUUCGGUGUUAAAGCGCCGUUCACCUGCACGCAAUGACGGACCAAUGGUUCAACUUGCUUCGCGUUUUGCCGAAUCAGAAACUGGUCUCUCUGAAACACAAGAGCGGUAUUACACUGUCGGCUCUUUUGGUGCCGGCCCAAAGCAGCAGAUUUUGGCGAAACUCCUAAACAUUCAGCAGGAUGUUCCCUUGGAACGACUGGUUGUUUUGGCAAAGAACAAAUCCAAAGCGAAAGCGUCGCCGGUGCCGCAUCCUGUCGUCAUUGACACGGCUCAUGUAUUUACGAGGAACGACGGUAAACCCGCCGAACUGAAUUUGGAACUUCACAGCGUCAAAGGCGAUGAAAGCGAGGAUAUUAACAAUUUGACGAGUCAAUUGAAUAAAGAGUUGGAUGCUGCUAUUGAUACCAAAAAGACAAUGUUGGGGGAUUCGCAUUUAACACCGCAAGAAAUUGAUAAGAUUAUCGAACAUGUUGUUGAUCAGAUGAAGAAGAAAGCUCCUAAUGACUUGAAACAUGAUAAAGAGCUUGUUGGAAGCACAAUGGACUUAACACAUCCGCUGGAAUCCGAGAUGAAUGACGAUUUGGAUGGAUUCAAGAAAAAGAAGAAGAAGGGAUCAAAGAAGCACGGUUUUAUUGAUGAAGAAGACGAUGUUGUUGGAGCUGAAGAAGCAGUAAACUUCAAAGAUGAUGUUGCUGAAAUCCCACAUAAGGAUGAUGACCAAACUCUAUCCGAAGAUGACACAGUUCUGGGAACCAAGAAAGGUAAAGGUUAUGGACACGGAUAUGGUUCUUCAAAAGGACACUCAAAAGGAAAAGGUUAUGGUAAAGGUAAAGGCAGCCAUUACCGAGAAAAUGAAGAUGUAGAUAAAGAUGAAGACGCAAACAUCAAAGACGAGAAUCCUCUACAUGCUGAUAUGACAGAGUUCACUGGUUUAGAAACACCCAUGGAACAUGAACAACAUCAAGCAAUUGAAGAUUUAUUAGAAAAAGAUAAAUCAACUGAAAGUGACUUAGUUGGUUUGAAGAAACUUAAAGGUUAUGGAAAAGGUCAUGGCUAUGGAAAGGGCAAAGGCAAAGGACACUACAGAGAAAAUGAAGAUACUGAAGACCUAGAAGAAGAUACCGUUGCUCAAGAAGCUCCUACAGAUGAAACUAUUCAAGAUCAUACAGAUCCCACUCUAGGAUUACUUAGUAAGUUCAAAUCUAAAGGAGGUUAUGGAAAGGGUUAUGGCGGAUAUGAUAAAGGCGGGUACGGAAAAGGUCUCGGAGGAUUUGGUAAACUGAAUGGUUUGAAGUUGAAGGGCAAAGGUAAAGGCUAUUAUAGAGAAAGUGAAGAUGAUGAUAAACUAGAAGAACCUCAAUUGGGAGCCAGCCAACAGUAUCAGAACCAGCCGAAUCAGUUUCAAGAUUAUCAAGGUGGGUAUCAAGCGGGUAAUCAACAAAUUAACGAAUAUGCUCCUGCCGGAAAUCAACAGCAAUACGCUGCGGGUCAACCAGCUUAUCAAGAGACGUAUGAGCAGUAUCCUCAGAACGCUCCUGCAUACCAAGAACCUGUAGAAUCUGAUGUUUAUCAUGGAACUGGUCCGGUUUAUCAUGCACCUCAGUCGGAUAGUCAUUAUCAGGAAAAUUAUCAAGCUCCAGCUCAGCAAGUUCAGCCGCAAGCAGCUUAUCAGCAACCUGCGUACCAAUCUCAACCACAAGCUGCUUAUCAACAACCAACGUACCAAGAACAAUCUUAUCAACAACCAGCAUAUCAAGCCCCAGCACAAGCGGCUUACCAGGAACCAUCCUAUCAGGCUGAACCUCAAGCUGCUUACCAGGCACCAGCUUCUUCUCAAUCCACCUAUCAGGAACCAGCAUACCAAGCCCCAGCACAAGCUGCCUAUCAAGAACCAUCCUAUCAGGUAGAACCUCAAGCUGCUUACCAGGCACCAACUUCUUCUCAAUCAACCUAUCAGGAAUCAGCCCCUGUAUACGAAGAACCAGCAUAUCAACAACAGGCUUACAAACAACAGUAUGGUCCCACUCCAGUUCAAUCCCAACCGACUUAUCAAGCACCAGCUCAACCACAAGCUGCGUAUUCAUCAAGUAAAAAUUACAAAUCCGUAGAAUCUCCUGAUGAAAUUGAAGAUAUUGUCAAUAGUGAAAAACCUUCUACAUCUGUAGAUGAUAUUUUGGGAACUUCCCAUGACAUUCCUCAAGAUCCUACCCUGAAAGCCACUUUUUUGGAAAACGAAGUAAAACGUCUGCGUCAAUGGAUUGCUGACAAUGGACCCUCCCACAAUGAAAAACCAUCUUCUCCUAGUCACCGCCAACGUCAAGAAUCAGACGAGAAAGAAGAAUUAGUUGAUAAAUUUACCAAGGUCAUUGAGAAAGAUCUCACUGAUGGUAAAAAACUUACCCCUGUUGAAAAGAAGAACUUGGAUAAAAAGAUUGCAAAGUUGGUUAGAGAUAACCUAAAUGAUCAUGACACUCAUGAUGCUGAAAGUAAAUCCAGGAAAAAGUUGGAUAAACUUGAAGAACUUGUCGAAGAAGAAGCUGAUGAGAAUGAAGAGUCAAGUGCUGAUCAAAAACUAGGAUCUAACCUAGAUGAUUUUAAGUCUAGAUUCUCUCCAAAGAUUAAUGACAAUGAUGUUAAGGAUGACGCUGAAGUUGCACCCAAAAAGAAACUUGCAUUUGGAGAUCUCUUGAAAUCAUCUCUGGAUAACCUUAAAAAAGACAUGACUACAAAGAAACCUGUAAUUGACCUUAAACAUAUUGUGGAAGACUUGAAAGCUAUGCCAAACAAACUUGUUGAUAUGAUUAAGCCAACAGCUUCACCAAAACUGGGAUUAAGGUCAGGAUUAGGUGACAAAGAAGAAAAAAAUACGGAAGCCAUUGUUGGACAAUACGGUAAAGAUGAUGAAACUGUAGGAUGUCUUGAGGAUCUCCUAGAUAAGAAGGAUGAUUAUGGUCCAGAAUGGCACAUGGACCCGGAUUAUCAUCAUGAUGAUUAUCACCAUGGUCAUGACGAUUACCAUCACGAUGAUUAUCAUGAUGGUUAUCGUGCAUCUGAAAAGAAAAACGAUGUUUUGAGGAUCUCCCUGACAGAAGGUACAGAACGCAGCGGUGAAGAAGACGAACCAAAAACACUUCCAGAAAUAAUCAAACAAAUUGAAGAGAACAUUGAAGAAAAUCUUCACCUCCCUCCGCUUCCAACACUUCCGGCUAUGAGACAAAGUCACAACAAGCAUCAUGCUAACAUUCAUCAUACUCCAGAAAAUCAAAAUCCAUCAAGGACUUCAACCAUUCCAAAAAUUCAAGUAAACGGAGAACAUUUUAAUCCUAACAAUCAGAAUAACCGUCCACCGCUGCCGGAAAUGCCACCAAGAGGAAUGCCACAACCCGGAUUCCAAUCAAGGACUUUCCCUGAAGCUGGAAAUGGUCCUGAACACUUUGAAAUGCCAAUCCCUCAACAAAAUGGAUUUGGAUUCCAAAGAUUUCAACAGCCACAAGGUCAAGGACAGAACUUCGUAGGAGCACCUCAACCUCAACUACAAAUGAGACAAGCAAUGCCAUCGCAUGACAUGACACACUUUGGUAAAAUCAUCCCGGAACAUUUGCAUGAUCUUCAUUUGAGAGAUGUCACUGAACAAAUGAAGAAACACAAAAUGUAUUUCAUCGGUGACGGAAUCAAAUUACCACUUCAUAUGCAUCGUCAUGAAGACGGCACGUUUCAUCUAAGCGUGGAUCUUCAAAAAUUGUGUUCCAAAUGCAAUUCUACAGACUGUAAACCUGGGAACAAAUCAUUAAAACCAUUAGAACAAGAUUUUAUUUCUACUAACUUAUUAGGUUCCACACAGGAUAAAACCAAUAAAAAACAAAAUAUCAACGAAGAAGAUCAUUCGAUGAACAUUGAAGAUAUACCUUUAAUGAUGAAAACUCCAAAUUUCGAAGAAGAAGAAGAAAGGAAAAAAUACUACAAGAAACAAAGAUUGAAUAAACGCAGUCCAAGAUUCAAUUACAUUGACGUAAACGCAAAUACAGAUUCAGAUAUUGAUUCUUCUACUAAAUCUGAGAAAACUGAAGAGAAGUUUGAUUACUUACAUCCAAUUUCACAAGCAAUCAAAGAUGAUGUGGAGCAUAAAAUCAAUACUUUCAACAAAGAUAUUAAAGAGUACUAUAAAAAUGAAGCAGAAAUCAAGAAACAAAAAUGGAUCAUGGCAGUCUUCAAGGUUUCCUUGAAAAACGCGUUGGUUUGCUAACAAAUAUUUUGGGGUUAUUAAGCGAUGUGACUUUUGAAGAUUAAAUCAUAUUUCCUGUGUUUUUUAAUAUAAAAUUUAUGUUUUUGUACUUUUAUAAAGAGUAAUUGAUUAUUUUUCAUGUAAUAUUGA